AUGGGAGUUUGUAUAAGUAACACCCAACAAACGACAACAGAAAUAGCGGGAGAUCAGAUGAUUCCUGGGUAAUUGAAUAAGCCUAGUCUGUCCUUAUCGAGUUUGGCUGUGGAAGUAGAUGAAAUAUCAGAACUAUUAUAGCCUAGGAGAGGGGACAGGAAGCGUCAAGCCAAGAUAGAAGUGGUUGAGGAACAGAUCCAUGAGAAUGUAAUGAAGUAGUAGAAGGAGAAAAGUCCAUUUGACUUUCAAAUGAUUUUGAAUGCUUUUGGAAAUCAUUUCAUGUUUGCUUAACUCGACAAUAAUGACAAAGCAAAACUAAUAGAGGAAAUGUAUUAUGUUACAUCGAAAGAUUAGGAAUUUGUUUUUAAGCAAGGCGAUAAAGCGACAUUAUUUUUCAUAAUUGAACGAGGCUAAUGUCAGAUAACAAUAAAUGAGGAGAAAAAGAGAGUGCUAAAACCAUCUGAAUUUUUUGGAGAGUUGGCUUUGAUGUAUCAUGCUCCUCGUUCAGCAUCUGUGAUUGCAAUUGGAGAUUGUGGAUUCUGGGUUUUAGAGAGGUAUAAAUUCCGAAAGGCAGUUGAGGAUAUCUAGUAAAAGGCAUAUGAAACAAACAGAGAAUUUCUGGCAUAAGUAAAAUUUUUUGAUUUCAUGACUGAAGAAUAGAGAGACAGUAUAGCCAAUGUCUUGAUCACACUGAAGUUUAAGUAAGGUGAAUCCAUAGUAAAUGAAGGAGACAUGGCCAAUUCCUUUUACAUAAUUUAAAAAGGCACUGUUCAAGUGACCAAACAAGGCCAAUUCCUUAGAUAUAUGAACUAAGGAGAUUCGUUUGGUGAGUAGGCUCUCUUUGGGAAUUGUGUAAGAGGGGCAACUGUCAAAGCCCAUGACUCGGAUGUCAAUCUACUGUCUUUGAGUAGGGAAGAUAUCACAACCAUAUUGGGAGAGAAGAUUCAGUUAAUCAUCUACACCAAUAUGCAGAAGUGGGCAUUUGAGAAACAUCCCAAAUUGAGAGAUUUAACUAAAAUGCAAAUCCAAAAGAUUGUUUCAAACUUCAAAAUCAAAAGCUAUGAGAGUAAUGAUUGCAUCUUCAAAAUGAAUUAGUUAGUCGAUAAGUUAAUUAUCAUUCUCGAUGGACAAUUAGAAUUUGAAGGUCAAUUAUACAACAAUGGUCAACUCUUCGGAGAUAAGUAUUUGUAAAUGGAAGAACAAAAACGAAAAAUCAAUCAUGAUAUUAAAACUAAUCGAAAAACUACUCUCUCAGAACUUCCUUUUAGACAAUUCUUUGAAUGCAUAGGAGGAGAAUUGGAAACUGUUGUUAAAAAAAAUAAGGAUCGUGCCGGUUCCUCCAGUCUAUUGGAGAAGAAAUAAAAAAGCAAUUACUCCUUACUUACUUUAGAAGAUUUCAUAGGAUUAAAGUUAUUAGGAGAAGGAACCUUUGGAAAUGCCUAUCUAGUUAAGGAUAUUCCUUAAUAGAAUAUGCAUGUGAUGAAAUGUGUACCUAAAGUCAAUGUCAUUGCCAAUAACACAGAGAGGCAUAUUAAAAAUGAGAAAUAAGUGUUAGAAUUGCUUAAUCAUCCAAAUUUGGUUUGUUUUCGCAGAUCCUUUAAAGAUUAGAAUUAUAUCUACUUAUUGACAGAGUAUGUGAAGGGCAAAGAAUUGUUUCAUGUGAUCAGAGAAAUUGGAUUGUUGAAUUCUUAUGAAACCUAGUUUUAUAUCGCUUAAAUGAUAAACAUCCUGGAGAAAUUGCAUUCCCAACAUAUUAUCUAUAGGGAUGUGAAGCCUGAAAAUUUCAUUGUUAUGGAAAAUGGCUAUAUUAAAUUGAUUGAUAUGGGAACUGCAAAAGUCUUAAAGUCAAGAGCUUCCAAGACCUACACUCUUGUUGGGACUCCACAUUACAUGGCUCCUGAAAUUUUGAAGGGCAAGGGGUAUAGUUUCUCAACGGAUCUAUGGUCUUUAGGAAUAUGCUUCUAUGAGCUCAUGUGCGGUGAGGUACCAUUUGCUGGGGAUGAAGAAGAUGAUCCAUUUAUAAUAGAGGAGGCUAUUUUAAAUGGAAAAUUGGAGUAUCCACAAAUUCUGAAGGAUUUCAAGGCUAUCAAAUUGAUGGAUCAACUGAUGAAUAGAACACCAGAAUUGCGAUUGGGAGGAUCCUUUGAAGCAUUAAAGGUCCAUCCUUGGUUUGAUGGUUUCUAGUGGGAAGAAUUAGAAGCCUUUCAAUUAAAGCCUCCAUACUAUCCUAAAUUAUAGUAGAUGAUUUUUGAAGAAAUGCCUUUUUUAGAUUUGAUCUAAAGAGAUACUAGUCCAGAAAUGAUUUGCACUUAAUUUGUAGACUGGGAUUAAGACUUUUGA